ACGGCCACCGGCUUUUCCUUCCCACACGGCGUUUUCCGGCAACUCAAAAUUCUCCAUUUUUGCCUCGACGUCUACGCCUAUGCCUAUUUCCCUUCGUAUUUAUUAAUAUAUUAUCUAUCUCUGUGAUUCUCAUUUGCAUGGCAGUACGUUUUUUGAAUCGGGAGGUAUCAGAUUUAUGCCUUGGUAAGCCGGCGUUAAGGUCAAUUCCGUCCAACUCCACCGUUGCGGAGGCGUUAUCGUUGUUGAAGAGAUCCGGCGAGACUCAUGUAAGCGUGUGGAAUUGCGACCAUAAGGUUCUGGAGGAAGAAGCCGAUAUUGAUGAUGAUGAUGAAUGUUGUUGCGUUGGGAAGAUCUCUAUGGUGGAUGUGAUUUGCUUUCUCUGUAAACAAGAGAAUUUGAUUGAUUCUUCUAAGGCGUUUGACGUUCCGAUUUCGAAGAUUUUGCCUAAAGGAGAUUCAAUUGUCAGGCAUUUGGAGCCAAAUUCAAGCUUGCUGGAAGCAAUAGAUUACAUGAUUGAAGGUACCCAGAAUGCAGUUAUACCAAUACACAACUACGCAAGCACGAAUUCAAGGAGAAAACCUUUAAGGAAAUCACUCUCUCCGAGAUCCACACAUCAUAAUGGAGUUGAAUAUUGUUGGCUAACACAAGAAGAUGUUGCACGGUUCCUUCUGAAUUCAAUUGGAGUGUUCUCUCCUAUGCCCACAUUUUCAAUUGAAUCCCUCAACAUCAUAGAUCGCAACGUCAUGACUGUCGGCUACCAUGAUCCUGCAAUAUCUGCUUUGGAUUCCAUUACUCUAGCAAAUAUUGAACAAACCGCAUUGGCAGUUGUGGAUAAUGACAAUAGACUAGUUGGGGAAAUCUCUGCUUCCACUCUUGCCUACUGUGAUGAAGAUGUUGCAGCAGCAAUCAUGACCCUUUCAGCUGGUGAUCUCAUGUCAUACAUUGACUAUGGUGGUCCUCCACAGGACUUGGUGGGAUUGGUGAAAAUGAGGUUGGAAGAGAAAAAACUUGGCCUUAUGACGAAACUGAUGGAUGAAGAAUUUUCAGUGUCGUCUUCAUCAUCUUCAGCUAGCAGUUGUUCUUCUGAUGAUGAGUCAGGGUCGAGCAGAAUUGGGUUAGGACGAUAUUCUUCAGCAAGAAGGUCAGAGGUAAUCACAUGUUAUCCCGGUAGUUCAUUGGUGGCUGUGCUGAUUCAAGCACUUGCACACCGUGCAAGUUCUGUUUGGGUCAUCGAUGAGGAUCACAAUUUGGUUGGAGCAGUAACAUUUAAAGGAAUUUUGCAAGUUUUUCGGAGUAUUGCAAAUGCAAAGCGUAAAUCUACAACAGAGAAUGUAUCAACUCAAUAAUAAGACCAGCUUGUAUCCAUCCAUAUAUAAUUAGAUUAUAUUGCAGACUAUAUGUUAUGAAUUUUACAUGCUUGAACAAAAGACCUUUUUGAUGGCGAUUUAUAAAAAAACCUUGUGUUUGGAUUUUUU